GGGGCGCGCCCCGCCCGGAAGCGCGGCGGCGGCGGCGGCGGCGGCCAUGAGCAAGAGGAACCAGGUCUCCUACGUGCGGCCGGCCGAGCCCGCCUUCCUCAGCCGCUUCAAGCGGCGGGUCGGGUAUCGGGAGGGCCCCACGGUGGACACCAAGAGAGAGCAGCUCCCACUUGCUGAUGAGGACAGUGACAAUGGUAGUGACAAGGAAGAUGAGCAGCCUCAAGUGGUGACACUGAAAAAAGGGGACUUAACUGCAGAAGAAGCAAUGAAAAUUAAACAGCAAAUCAAAGAGGCCUUAAAGUCAAAAGAAUCAGAUGAUGAACCAGAACCUGCUGAUGGAAAAAUUAUGUUCAGGAAACCAGCCAAACGUUCAUCAGAGAAGUGUUUGGACUUCAAUGUAAGUUCAAGUAAGAAGAUGAAAGAAGCAAAGAAAACUAAGAAGGAAGCAACUACUUCUCAGAGUACAGCUAAGCAAGUAAAAAACAGCAGUCUUCUCUCAUUUGAUGAUGAGGAAAAUGAUGAUUAGGGUUUGUAUUUUCUAUGCUUAACUUGCUUGUCUAGAAACCUGGAUAACAUUGAGGGCUUUUGUAGGAAUUGAAGCAUGGUGUCUGAGUCUCCUAUUACUUUGUUAUAGUCCAACUAGAGAAAUAAUGUAUAAAAUUAGCAUGAGCUAAGUCUUUGCAGUUAGUUGGAACUGUAUGUCAUGUCUUAAUUUUAAAAGAGAAUGUAACCAUAUAUGUAAAAGCUAUUUGAGGUCCCAAAUGAGUAGCAAAUUAUACCUGUAUAUAUUCAGCUUACAAAUUUUCAAUCAAUUUUAAAAUGCCCUCCAUUACUAAAAUGUAUUUCCUCUACAUUGAAUAGCCUUAGUUGACAAUUGUCAACAAUUGUGGUUUUUACCUGUUAUUAUUGACAUUCAAAAGAGAGACACUUCAUUGCUGUGAAACACAUACUGAAGUUUUUUGUCUCACAGCUUAACAAAAGUUUGCAUAACCUUUGCAUUUGUGAUUUGCAAGAUUAGCUCUUGCAAAGCCUUGCAGUAAAUGAGGCUGCAUUUGCUAAAUUUAUGUAGUAUUGAUUCUCUCUUUGGUGAAUGCAGUCUAAGAAACAUCAAAUUAAUUUGAAUUGGUUGUAAUAUCAAGGUAUAAAGAUUUUGAUUCUAGUUGAUGGUAUCAACUAAUGCAAAAGAAGCCUAAAGCAUUGAAGAUUGUGCGCUUUGGUUUUGACACUGCUGGGCUCAGUGGUUUGAUGGUGUUUUGGGGUUUUUUUAAAAGUAUAUUUGUUCCAGUUAACUACUUAAGUGUUCAUAAUUAUUUGGGAUCUCAGCUUGUUUAAAAAACUGUAUUUCAUCUUUAAGCUGUAAAUUUAAGCAUUAAUUUAGUAUUCUUCAAGUAGGGGGGAAGUUGUAAACAGGGAAUUUUAAGCCAAGAAACACUAUAGCUGCGUGUGUCUUGGUUUAAGACAGUUUCUGGGGCAGACACUCCAAAAUGAGUUACUGCCUCUUUUAGUUUUAACUGCUUCCCUUUCACCGAUGAGCAGAGAUGAAAGCAAGUGAAAAAAUAAAAGUUUACUAAAAAAUGAAACAGCAGCAGGCAGGAUAACAGUAAUCAUCACUAGAUACAAAGGUGUUGAAUCCCAUGGACUGCUUGGAAACAAAGAUGACAAGAUGGCAGAGAAACCCCUCCCCAAAAAUGUUGGUCUCCAUAGAAGACCACGUGGUUCAGGGGACAAAGACAAGCUGGUGGAGAAGCCCCUUCUCCUGACCAUGUGUUGGAGAGAGAACAAAGGGAAAAAACUCACCACAGCAUCUGAAACUCUGUGAUUAUGAAAGUCUCUCUUCUCCAAACAACAACCAACGAGGAACAAGGACAAAGCUAAAAGAAACCUGGACUCUAAAAGCAGUCAAAUGCUGCUGAUCCAUUUGCCCAAUAUCACCACCACUGGACAGGGUCUCUCUCCAGGCAGCAGCAGUAGCUCCAUCAACAGUGGCAGCUGGAACUGGUCAGUGGCUGGAACUCGUGGGGGGACUUGGCCUCCUGCUCAGCAGAAAGUGACAGGCAGAUGCCUGGGGCAGCCUGGGCUCCACGCCCUCCCCGCUGCAGCGGAGCGCUGCUGGGGGGCUGGAGUGACCGUAUGGAGCAGGGGCUGUUCCGUUUUUCCCACUGUGGUGCCAUGGCUGGCCAUCCCGGGUGACAGCAAUGAAAAAGGAAGGAAAAAAGGUCAGAAGAGAAAGUCUUCCCUGGCUCAGAGACUAAAACAAAGGGGAGCUUCUGCCUUGCGCUGCCUCAGCUUCUCAUUAGUUAGCGGGAACGAAAGAGAGGCCUGUGUGAGUGUUGUCUCAUUUUAAAGGGAUCCUGGCAUCUUCUGCCUCCAUGAACCUGGGGCAAGGUCCUCUGGUUCUCCUUCUGACCCCCAGGUCUUAAAGAGAGAGUAACAAUCUCAGGCAGAUGGGCAUAGAAAGAAAGUGUCCAUUUCAGCAUCUUUUCUGUAGCAGGACAGAAACAACACUGAGAGCUGAUGGGAUUUUAGAGAACAAGGUGGUAGGAAUGUCACUUGUGACUUUGAAAUUAUUUGGAUGUAUGGUGUGUUCUGUAACCAUAUAAAACCAGUUCUGUGUGUGACAGGACAUUUGAAAUUAUUUGGCCUGUAAAGCUUCAUCGAGGAGCAAAUUUCAAGUUGCUGUGUGAAACAGCUGGUUUUAGUUUCAUCUGGUAGUAAACAAUAAUUUAUGUUUUCUUUUUAUUGGUCCAAAGAGAUUUUAAUAAAAAUUUCAAUACAUGAAAUGA